AUGUUUGCACCAUCCGAUGCUCCACUAAAGUCAAAGGUCAACCCCAGUGUUGCUGCCGUACCUGUUUCUGCGGGUCAGAACCCUUCUCUUAUCGAUAAUUGGGAUGACCCAGAAGGCUAUUACAGCGCAAUCGUUGGCGAAACGUUGAGCGGUCGGUACCAUGUUAACGCGAACUUGGGACGAGGUGUAUUCAGCUCCGUCGUCAAAGCUAAAGACACCCAAAAGGACAAUGUCGAUGUUGCGGUCAAGAUCAUUCGUAACAACGAGACAAUGUACAAGGCUGGUCUCAAAGAGCUGAACAUUUUGAAGAAGCUUAUGGACGCCGACCCUGAAGACAAGAAGCACAUCAUUCGUCUUCAUAGAAGUUUCGAAUACAGGAACCAUCUGUGCCUUGUUUUCGAGAGUUUAAGUAUGAAUUUACGAGAGGUCCUCAAACGUUAUGGCAAGGAUGUUGGAAUCAAUAUCAAGGCAGUCCGUGUGUACGCUCAACAGUUGUUCUUAGCUUUGUCGCUACUGAAAAAGUGUAAUAUUCUGCACGCUGAUAUUAAGCCUGACAAUAUCCUGGUAACUGAGUCAAAAAACACCCUGAAGCUAUGUGAUUUAGGUUCUGCCUCUGAUGCGGAUGACAAUGACAUUACCCCAUACUUGGUCUCAAGAUUCUACCGUGCUCCUGAAAUUAUUCUAGGGCUUCCAUACGAUUCGGCGCUGGAUGUUUGGUCGGUUGGUUGCACGCUUUACGAACUCUACACAGGAAAGAUUCUAUUCCCUGGUCGGAGCAACAACCAGAUGCUUAAGCACAUUAUGGACGUCAAGGGUCGAUUUUCAGCCAAAAUGCUUAGAAAGGGGCAAUUCACCGAACAACAUUUUGAUGACCAGUACAACUUCCUCUCACAAGAAGUCGACAAAGUGACAAACAAGGAGGUUACCAAAAAGAUGGUCAUUGUCAAACCGGUCAAGGAUUUGAAAUCCAGGCUAGCUCCAGGAUCCAAAUCGUCUGUUGAGGAGAUCAGGCUGAUCAGUGCCUUCAUUGACCUGCUUGAAAAAGCGCUGCAGUUAAAUCCUGAAAAGCGUCUUACCCCCAAGGAAGCUUUAAGCCACCCUUUCAUUACUGGAAAACUGGCCGUUUAG